CGUAGACUUUGCAGUUGCUAUACUUGUAAUACUGGGAUUAUACGGUGCUAAGUGUACUGUUCCUCGGGUGUUGUUCUCGCUUUUGCGCCAACUCCUUACUGCAGCGGCGAGGAUUUCGCAUUUGAAAGAAGCGAACUACUGUGCAAUACUUUUAUUACUUGUAAUAAGCUGAUCAUGUCGCUCGAUCUAGAUGAGUAGAGUUACAUGCUUUCCAUGGACAGAGCUGUGCCAGCCGUGAAGUUUCUGAGAUGAUCCACCUGCUUGGUAAAGUAAAUUAAAUUCACUACCUCUGGUGCCUGGCAUUGAGCGGUAGCCGAUGCAGCCCAUAUGGAACAUCAACCGCCCGGCCGUGGUCAUGGACUGUGGCACGGGGUUCUCCAAGAUAGGCUUCGCCGGUAACUCAGAGCCCAGCUUCGUCAUCCCCACCGUGCUGGGUCCCGGCGCCCCCUCCUCCGCCCUCUCCCCCGCCUCCGGCCUCGGCCUAGCCACCCGCAGCGCCGGCGGCGGCAGCGGCGGACCGCUCCUCGGGGACCUGGACUUCAGCAUCGGCGAGGAAGCGCUGCUGGCGGCGCAGCUGGCGGCGGGGGCGGCACUCGGCGGAGGCGGCAGCGGCGCUGGCGGCACCGUCAGCAGCGGCGGAGGCGGCGGAGGCGGAGGUGGCGGCGGCGGUGCAGCCGGGGUUGGCGGAGGUGGCGGCGGGCUGACGUUUCCCGUACGGCAGGGCGUGGUGACGGACUGGGACGCGAUGGAGCGGUUCUGGCAGAAGAGCCUGUUCCACUACUUGCGAGUGGACCCCGAGGAGCACUGCGUGGUGCUCACGGAGCCGCCCCUCAACCCGCCGGAGAGCCGGGAGGCCAUGGCGGAGAUCAUGUUUGAGAGCUUCAACGUGGCGGGCAUGUACGUGGGCGUACAGGCGGUGCUGGCGCUGUACGCGGGCUGGGC